GCUCACUCGCUCACCCUAGCUUUUGUGUGAGUGGGCAUACGUGUUCAGCACGGACAGAGGAAGAAAGAAUGCAUAUGUGAGACUGUUUUAGUGAUAACGAAGAGACACAGGCAAGAACGACUGCAGGGACAGACAGUAAAUUACACGGGACACAAGGAGAUUGCAUAGAAGCGGACACGCAGUCUUCAGGAUCGCAGAGGUACAUGCGCAAGGAGGGAAUGGAAGACAGCCCGGCAGGUUUAGUUUCAGCCUGUAACUCUACGGCUAUACUAAACCACCACUGCACCGAUGACAGUAUCUCUGCAGCAAGCACAUCAGACGUCCAGGACCGCCUGUCGUCUCUGGAGCUGCGGGUGCAGCAGCAGGAAGAUGAGCUGACGGUGAUGAAGGCCGCGCUGGCAGACGUGCUUAGACGUCUCGCUUUGUCUGAGGACUCUGUGGCCGCUGCCAAGAAACAGCAGAGCAGCAAAGGUCAGACCCCACUUCGUGAGGCUUAUUCUUUGUCCUGUAUCGCCAAUGGCAGUUCCAUCAGCCGUAAAUCUCACAGAGACAGCUCCACAGUUUCUGUAGCCAGGAAAGAAACAAUGUCCUCUGCAGCCAAGAGGGGUAGCAGUGCGAAACGUGGUGGAGGAAUGGAGCGAUCUCAGAGCAGCACAUGGGAUAGUGGGGAGGAGAACAGGAAUAAGCUGGUGAAGGCGGCCUCCACAUCCAAACUGCUGGCCAAAGUGGCGAAGAAUGUCGAGAAACACAGAGAUCCAGUCGUCAGCCAAGCUAAAAUGUCAACCCGAGAAAAAAACAGUCAAGAGGGAGACUAUAUCAAAAUGUUCAUGCGAGGACGACCCAUCACAAUGUUCAUCCCAUCAGAUGUGGAGAAUUACGAUGAUGUCCGCACUGAACUUCCUCCUGAGAGACUCAAGCUGGAGUGGGUAUAUGGUUACAGGGGCCGUGACUGCCGUGCAAAUGUGUACUUGCUUCCUACUGGGGAGAUUGUAUAUUUCAUCGCCUCUGUGGUCGUGCUCUUCAACUAUGAGGAGAGGACACAGCGCCACUACUUAGGACACACUGACUGUGUUAAAUGUCUUGCUGUUCACCCUGAUAAGAUCCGCAUUGCUACAGGACAGAUUGCAGGAGUGGAUAAGGAUGGCAGGCCGCUUCAGCCUCAUGUGAGAGUGUGGGACUCCGUCAGUUUGUCCACUCUGCAGAUCAUCGGUCUCGGUACCUUUGAGAGAGGAGUGGGAUCCCUCGCUUUCUCUAAAGCUGACUCAGGCACUCAUCUCAGUGUAAUUGAUGACUCUAAUGAGCACAUGCUUACUGUGUGGGACUGGCAGAAGAAAUCAAAAAUAGCUGAGAUUAAGACGACUAAUGAAGUGGUGUUAGCAGUGGAGUUUCACCCCACUGAUGCCAACACCAUUGUUACUUGCGGAAAGUCCCACAUCUUCUUCUGGACCUGGAGUGGAUCCUCACUCGCCCGCAAGCAAGGCAUCUUUGGUAAAUAUGAGAAGCCCAAGUUUGUGCAAUGUUUGGCCUUUCUCAAUAAUGGAGAUAUCCUGACGGGAGACUCGGGAGGAAUCAUGCUGAUAUGGACUCGCAGCACAGCUGAACCAGCACCAGGAAAAGGACCUAAAGGAGCGUUUCAGAUCAGCCGUCAGAUUAAAGCUCAUGAUGGCAGUGUCUUCACUCUGUGUCAGAUGAGGAAUGGCACUCUUCUCACAGGGGGCGGCAAAGACCAUAAGAUUAUUCUGUGGGACCAUGACCUGAAUCCAGAGAGAGACAUAGAGGUCCCAGAUCAGUAUGGAACUAUUCGUGCAGUAGCCGAGGGCAAGGGAGAGCAGUUUUUGGUGGGAACUUCUCGCAACUUCAUUCUGAGGGGCACCUUCAAUGAUGGGUUUCAGGUAGAAGUGCAGGGACACACGGAUGAACUGUGGGGUCUGGCCUCCCACCCGUUCAAGGACAUGUUCCUCAGCUGUGCCCAGGACAGGCAGGUGUGUCUGUGGAGCUCAGUGGACCACACGUUGGAAUGGACCAGACUGCUGGACGAGCACGGGCACUGCGCUGACUUCCAUCCAAGUGGAUCUGUUGUGGCCAUUGGUACUCACUCAGGGAAGUGGUAUGCCCUGGAUGCAGAGACGAGAGACCUGGUGGCCAUCCACACAGAUGGCAAUGAGCAGCUGUCAGUCAUGCGCUACUCUGUCGAUGGCACACUGCUGGCGGUGGGAUCACAUGAUAACUUCAUUUACCUCUACACAGUGUCGGAUAAGGGACGCAAGUACAGCAGAUAUGGGAAAUGCACUGGACAUUCCAGCUACAUUACACAUCUUGACUGGUCCCCCGACAACAAGUUCAUCAUGUCCAAUUCGGGAGACUACGAAAUCCUUUACUGGGACAUUCCAAAUGGUUGUAAGUUGAUUCGGAACCGUUCUGAGUGCAAGGACAUCGACUGGGCCACGUAUACCUGUGUGCUCGGAUUCCACGUCUUUGGUGUUUGGCCAGAGGGCUCUGACGGGACAGACAUUAACGCUCUGGUGCGAUCUCACAACAGGAAGGUGAUUGCUCUUGCUGAUGACUUCUGUAAAGUUCAUCUGUUCCAGUACCCCUGCUCGAGGCCGAAGGCCCCAAGCCACAAAUACAGCGCCCACAGCAGUCACGUGACAAACGUGAGCUUCAUGCAUAGUGACAGUCACCUGGUUUCAACGGGCGGAAAGGACAUGAGCAUCAUGCAGUGGCGUCUAGUGGAGAAGACCUCCUCUCAGGUGCCCAGCGACUCCAGUUUAGCCCUGAGUGAAUCCCUGCUGCACAACUCUUCCCCUCGCAACCUGGCAUCGAUACCCAGCAUCCCCCAGACCCCUACUGAGCUUGUGCCAGUGCCAACCUCGCUACCCAUCAGCACCCAACUCGACACCAACACACCCCCUCCCACGCCCACCAAACCCCUGGACAUGCCCACUCCUAAUGGACAGCAGGAUGGCUCGCCUGAAACCCCGCCCCCUUCUGAUGAGGCAACACCUCCUUCUGACAGCACCCCGAGCCCCAAGGACAGCCUUGAGCCUAGCGACGAUACAGCCUCACCCAGUGACGAGGGGAUGCCCUUUAAUCCACCCUUAUAAGAGGGAGGCUCCGCCCACUUUUCUUGCCUGCUCAAUACCCUGCCCUAAGGCACCAGCAUGUCACUGAAGCCUUUCUGUUAGAGUACAAAAGCAGGGUCUCCUCAACUUUUUUAUCAACCUUUCAAGGUUUUCUGUUUGUUUUGUCUUAGUUUGCUGUUAUGAUGACGUUCAUUAAAUGUGGUUGUGAGGCAGGCAAUGUUUGGGUCGGAUGUUGAGAGGAAUAUGGAAUGUGUAGUUAAAGGGAUGGUUCGCCCAAAAAAAAAUUUCUGUCAUUAUUUAUUCAUGUGGUUCCAAACACAAAAAGGAGACAUUUUCAAUGAUUUUCUAUGAUCCAUGAACAUACUUUAAAACAUUUUGUACCACAGAAGAAAGUCAUAUGAGUUUGAAACAGCAUGAUUAAAUGAUGACAGGAUUUUCAUUUUUAGGUGAUCUGUCCCUUUAAAUGCUUUUUGCAAGAUGCACACAAAAACUCAAGUAUACCAAAAAGUUUACACUGACAUACACACACAAACACUAACACACACACACACACGCACGCACAUCUCCGUGACUGUGAUUUGUCAAUGACAGUGGAUGAAAUCAGAGACCUUUCAAAGCCUGGUUUCAUCAUAUUUAAUGAUUUAACAGUUUUAGAUAUGAACACACCAGUGCAUAUGCAUUCAUGCAUAUACAGUAUACAACACAACAAUACAACAUAAAAUAUUGACAUACAGUUUAGAUUUAUUGGCAUAUUGCAUAUACAGUAAUUGGGUAAGUUUUUACUCUUAUUAAUUAAGCAUGAAAUUUAUGAAAUUCAGAAUAAUCAAAUAGUUUCUACACUUAAAUACGUAAUCUUAAAGGAAUAGUUCAACCAAAAAAUUUUUUUGUAUAAUUUACUCACCCUCAUGUUGUUUCAAACUUAUAUGACUCACUUUCUUCUGCGAAACACAAAAGGAGAAAUAAUAAAGAAUGUAAUGGACGCUCUUUUCCAUUUAAUGAAAGUCAAUGGAGACUGGGCCUGUCAGUCUCCAAAAUUACAAAAACAAUCAUAAACGUAGUUCGCACGACUUGUGCACUAUAUUAAAAUUCACCUUUUGUGUUCCACAGAAAACCUCUCAGCAUGCGUGAGGGUAAGUAAAUAAUGAGAGAAUUUUCAUUUUUGGCUAAUCUAUCCCAUUAAAUCUUAAAUUGUUAUCUCACUCUGUAAACAUUAUUGGAUGAUUGCGUAGUCCCUGGGCAAACUGUCCCCAACUGUCCCUGGGCAAAAAUUACAGGAUGUACUUAUUUGGACAUGCCAGGCAGGUACCCCUGGCUCAUUGAACUCAAGGACCUCAUAGAUUCCAUUGGCUGCUUCUGCAAGUUGCAAUGGUCAUAUAAUUUUUUUAGAGAACUGCGCAAAUGUUGCCGCUUUUUAGAAUAAUAGCCAUAACUUUACUCCUUCAUUUACCACAAACACAGCCACUAACAAACACUUACACACACACACACGCAUGUACACACAAUUACUUGCUCAAAAACCUGAUUCGCCUCAAAAUGGGGCCUGCAUUGUACAAUUCCCCAGUUUCAGUGUCAAAUGACACACAAACAUCAAUUUAUCAAAAGCCUCACCCAUCUGUCUAAUGAUGCCAUGUCACCCACACAUAUCCCCCAGUUCUCUCUGUCGGACGAGAGAUCUCCUCUGCUUUCAUAUGAUCCAUUUUUAACCUUUGAUCUUCUUGGUCUUCCUACUGAGACCAGAUUGUUUUUAUGUUUCAUUUUGGGACUGUUUUGCUUGUCAUGUUGUUCAUUGGACUGAGAAUGUUUUUUAUGGUAUUAAACGAGUCUUAAAUGCAAAUGUGAGUGUGUACGUGCGCGCGAUUUGGCACUUAUUUCAUUCCGCAAAGAGUGGUUGCUCUCUUUCUCUCUUUCUUCCACUCACAUUUUCUCAGGAUCACUCUUUUUGCAAAGACAAAGAAAGUUCAUGGAAGAAAAAAUAAUUUUUUUCCCCCACUCCUUUAUGUAACACUUACAGAAAUACCAUGGUAUUAUGAUGAUUUUUUAAACAUAUACCAUGGUAAUACCAUCAUUUUUUGAAUAUCUAAAACAAAAAAUCAUAAUAUUACCAUAGUACAUGCACAUUGAAAUACUAUGUAGGUGGAAUUUAGUUACAUUUGGGCAGUUUUUUACAGCCAUUGUCUUGUAGCUGCCGAAUAUCCCCCAAUUCAGCAUAUGGUAUGCUAUAUAAAUAUGGUUACCAUAUAUAUUAGUCUAUCAUAUAUAUAUACAGUAUUUUAGAGUAUUACGGUAUUGCCAUACCAACACUGUACCAUGGUACCACCACAGUACGUUUAGUAAGGGAAUACUUUCCUUAACUUGUUUUAUGUUUCCCUCAACAAUGCAUGGAGAGAUGGAGGUGAGAAGUGUAAAAGAAGUGUUUAUACUCACAUGAAGAUUAAACAGCCUGCAGUGCAGAUUACUCGAGCUGUGAAUGUCUUAUGUGCCUCAGUGUCAUGAGAUAAAGCAAUUCAUUUUAGACAAAAGAAUCAAUAUCAGAGAUACACAAGGGCUCAGCUGCAAAGUGAAGUUGCCUCCAGUGCUGUACUGUGAUCUGUGACCCCCUCUCAAACCCAAAUCAUCAAUAUAACACCAAAAGAGACAUGAAAACAGUUUUGAGAUCAGUUACCGGAGCUACUUCUACAUUUUUGCGGCGGUCCAUGGUAUUUAAAAGGCAUUGUUUGUGCACCCUUACGAAAUUUGUGAGUUUUCACAUGCAAAUGAGCUUUCCGGCAAAAUGUCCAUUGUUGCCAAAUGUUUGCCAUAGGUUCACCACUACCUACGGAGAGCUGCAAACAUUUGUGGCGAAUUAAAAGCUCAUUGGCGUGUAAAAAUAACGAGCAGAAAAUGUUCUGUAAGUUUGCGUCUAGUUUAGAGUUUUUUGUAAGGGCAGUCUGUAUGUUUAAAAGCAUGAGCCAUUGAAAGCAUGGUUGAAGUACAUAGCUCAAAUCCAUAUUUACAGUAAUUUGGGUUUUGGUCCUCGUUUUAAUGGUGAAUGAAAGUAAUGUGGAUAUAUGUAAUGCGUAAAAAGUACACAAGUAUUGUAUGUGGGUAUUUUUUAUUCCCACAUGUGUGAUUGUUUGGUUCAAGUGCAUGGAAUGGAAGUAAUUAGUGAUUAAUGGCUUUAGCAAAGUUUAGAUAGAUGGAAUGAUGGAACUGAUUGUGUUAAGUGGUCAUGGUGUGUGGUGUGGAGUUUGUGCAACAUUUGAGCUGUAGACAUAGCGCCCCUUAGCUGGUCUGCAGUUAACUUUUUAUACCUUUUUUUAUGUCCAACGCUUCACAAACUGCUCUUGUUUGUUUUUUAAAAAGCAAGUCGGAAGGUUCACAUAGAUUGCCUUAGAUUUCCAAGGAUUUAUAAUGGUGUUUUUUGUUUUUUUAUAUAUAUAUUUUUCUCUAGUCAUAUAGCUUUAAUGCAAAAUGUCACUCCUGAAGGUCUGGCCGAUUGACACUCCUUUAUAUCAAAGUGUCAGCCUUAUCUCGUUAAAUUGCGUAUCUGUUGUGACAACUUUGCAAAAUGUCAUUACAUUGUUCAUUACACAUAUCGCCGCAAUUCUGAGGUGAAAUGUCCACUGUGUGGCGCUAAAAGCGAUUCAAAUUUUCUACCAAACAGACAAUUUUUCGAAGGUUAAAACCUACUUCCCUACCUAAACCUUACCGAUAGUGUCAUCAAAAGCAAAUGUACCAUUAAAAAUGCAAUAGCUGAAGCAAUCAUGUCAUUUUGUGGUGCUUCUUUAACACUUUCGGCUCAAGACAUACUUUAGGCUCUGCAGGACUCCUAUCCCGUUUUUUUGCAAUGCAAAUGCAACACUCUUUGAGUUGAGCAACCACCGCGCGUUAUGUAAUGCAAAUCAAUGUUAAAAUAUAUCACCUGACAAGUCAAGUGUUUAGAUGUCAUAAGAUAGCAUUGUGUGAGGAACAGGAUUAAAAGUACAUGUUUUCUCAUGAUUGGUGUGAAAGUUAAAAAUAGUCCUUGUUGUAGUGCCUCUAGUGUUUAUUUCACCAGGAAAUUGAUGCAAUAAGUACAAUGAGCCAUGUAAGAUCAUUUUACAUAAAUGUAGGUAACGUGAUUCUAUGAGACCAGGUUGCAAAGUCUGUAUUCAUCAACCUCUUGAAACUACCAAGAAACCACUGAUAUAUAGAAAGGGCAACCCUCAAAAGCUUUACGGUAGUUACAGGGGAGGUUUGUAUUGUCGGUCUUUGUUGUUGCAUUCAGGGCUGGCUUUAUUGUGUAUAUAUUGGUUUACCUGUAUGUAUACAAAUAUUUUCUGGGAAGGGAAGUACUUGGAAAUGCAGGGGGGGAAUGCUUUUUAAAAUUUAUUUAGCUAUGAAGAGGACCCUUUUUUAUGUCCGUGAGAAAACUGGGGGAUUGUUCGUCUGCGGAUGCAGGUUCAGGGGCCUUUUGGCAUGGAAACUUAGAUCAGCAGAAUGUGUUGCACUAUGUCUGGUGUAGCUCUACCUGAAUAUUACUCAGUUUAAAGAACAAGUUGGACUCCAUGGCUGUUCGGUGGCCAAGAACAUAGUAGAAUAUGGGUUUUCAAGCUUAGACUGGUUAGCUGAAUGGAGCAUCCCUGCUGAAAAGACCCAGAUUUCUGGUCACCAAUUUAUGUUGAUCUUUGGGUGCUGGUCCCCCAGCAUGGGAUGCUGGUGUGCUAGUGUCCCCACCAGGUUUUUAAACUAGCUUAACCAGCUUCAUCAGAAAGAUGCAUGGGAAUUGCAUGCUGGUUAAGCUGCUUUUUAAGCAGGUAUGGCAAACAGAUUUUUUUGUGUCAUUUGGAUUUGCCUUGAUAAAUGAUUUUUGAAAAUAAUUGUAAAUGUGUUGGAAUUGUACUGGUGAAAGGUUUUGGUGUUUGAGAUGGUAAAACACAAGUGUGAAUAGACAGUGAUCUCUCAGUUUGAUACCUGAAAUGACAACCGAGUUUUCCAUUCGAUUUUCCACACAACAGAGUGGAAAAAUACAGUGUAGAUUCUGUGCUGGUAAGUUUAUUUACACUUGGAGGAAAUGUUGGGCUUGGCUAUUUGCAGGACAUUUCAUCAAAUCCUCAUCGCAUAAAGGUGCAGAGAAAAAGCUUUUCAAAUAGAAGCCUUUUGAUAAAAAGAAUGAUGGUUAUGAAAGCCUCCAUGAUGAAGAUCCUGAAAAUGAUAAAAUGAUAUGUAAACAAAAUAUGAAAAAGGCAAAACCUUUUUUUUUUUUUUCUUGUGACAAAGUUUGAGCCAAUCUGUCUCUUAUGCAUUCCUGUCAAUAGGCAGAAAACAUACUGAAGAUUUUAGAAAAUAAAGAAACAUUUUAAAACA